AACCGCUUUCAAUUUCCCACUUUUUCUCUGCAAAUUUUCUUGCUUGCUCGUUCUUCCUUUCUUGCCUACCAAGCAACUAUGGACGCCUUCACGUCUUUCUUCGAUUCUCAAACGCCUUCGCGAAACCGCUGGGCCUCCGAGUCUCUCAAGAAUUUCCGUCAGAUCUCUCCCGUCGUUCAGAAUCAUCUCAAACUGGUCUACCUCACUUUGUGCUGCACCCUGAUUGCAUCAGCUGCAGGAGCCUACCUGCAUAUCCUGUGGAAUAUCGGAGGCAUGAUCACCUUUCUUUCUUGCACUGGAUGCAUGGUGUGGUUACUCUGCACACCAACCUAUCAAGAGAAGAAGAGGGUUUCUCUACUGAUGGCCGCUGGUCUCUUUAUGGGGGCUACUCUUGGGCCUUUAAUUGAACUGGCCAUUGAGAUUAACCCAAGUGUCUUGAUGAGUGCAUUUGGAGGAACUGCUCUGGCCUUUGGCUGUUUCUCAGCAGCAGCCAUGUUGGCAAGGCGCCGGGAAUACCUUUACCUGGGGGGUUUGCUUUCUUCUGGCCUUUCUAUACUAAUCUGGUUACAGUUUGCUUCUUCUGUCUUUGGGGGUUCUGCAGCUCUUUUCAAGUUUGAGCUGUAUUUCGGGCUUUUGAUUUUCGUGGGCUACAUGGUAGUUGACACCCAGGAAAUGAUUGAGAAGGCGCACCAUGGUGACCUGGACUAUGUGAAGCAUGCCCUGACGCUUUUCACUGACUUUGUUGCUGUGUUCGUCCGUAUACUGGCUAUCAUGUUGAAGAACUCGGCCGAGAAGAAUGAGAAGAAGAAGAAAAGAAAGGAUUGAUGCUCCUCCUGUAACCCUGGUGAUGCAAAGCAAAUGCAAAAUGAGAUCAUCACUUGUCUAUGUAGAGUUUUCCAGGUGACCUCAAAAACAAAAUGUGUAGUUGAUAUAUUCCCUACUCUUUGGUGGGUGGUAGACUGAUAGUGGUUGUCUAGUGUUGCUGCCGUUAAACUUCUACGUACUGUUUUGAAUGACAUCGUUUUAAUUCGUGACCAA